AUGGAGGGCGGCGACUCGUCCGGCGCUGGCGCCGGCGGUGCCGUGGCCGCGGCGGCCAAGUGGCGGAGCGACGCGUCGCGGGCGUUCCAGUACUACCUGGACCGCUCGACGCCUCACGCCACGGGGCGGUGGCUCGGCACGCUCGCCGCCGCGGCCAUCUACGCGCUGCGGGUCUACAUGGUGCAGGGCUUCUACAUCGUCACCUACGGGCUCGGGAUCUACCUCCUCAACCUCCUCAUCGGUUUCCUCUCCCCCAUGGUCGACCCCGAGCUCGACCCCUCCGCCGCCGCCGAGGGGCCGGCGCUGCCCACCCGGGGCUCUGACGAGUUCAAGCCCUUCAUCAGGCGCCUCCCCGAGUUCAAGUUCUGGUCUGAUCUCUUGUCCUCGCCCCCAGAUCUGUCUCUCCGCCUCGCCAGAUCCGUCUGGCCUUCUUAG